AUGGGCGGCAAUGUCGCCGCGGUGGCGUGUCUGCGCGACUAUGCUUUUUUUCGUGAUACGCGCUGCGGCUCAGCGGGUACGAGAGUCUUGGUGGUUGGUGGUGGAAGGUUGGCCGGCGGCCAGUGCAACAACGUAGAUGGCACGUCUUCGGAGAUAAAAACUGUGGAACUUGUGAAGCCUACUGGUUGGGUUUAUCUCUCAUUGUCUGGAACUGAUCCUCGUGAAACUUUUGUGAACACUUUCAUGUUGCAAAUUGCUGUUUUGUCAAACCAUCUCAAUGGAAGGGAUACUCAUGUCCGGCAGAUCAAAGUUUAUGGACCUCGACCGAAUCCUAUUUCACAUCAACCAUUUCAGUUUACCUCAAGCGAAUUCAUCACCUACUCUUCUAUAAGAUGAGAAAUUGCAGGAAAGGAUGAAUCCAAGCCAACAUUAUGCUAUGGGAGACCUUUAUUGACAAUAAUUUAUUCACGUUUGAGCCUAAUUGAACUUUUCUGCGAUACUUGUGUUAUAGAAUUUAAAAUGUAAUUAUGAUAUCAAUUUGGAUUGCUAAACUCACCAAACAAUUAUGGUAUUUAUUUUUUCAGUUCAA